AAAUGGCAUUCAAAUAGUCUUUAUUCGAGUCAAAUUCCGUCAAAAUAUUUGUCGGCCGGACCUCGAAUCUAUAUCUUCUAUUUAGUUGAAAUAAAAAUUUUACCCAAAACCUAAACCAAAAAUCAUUGUUGACCUCAAAAACAGAGUGAUAUCAAUUCAAUUCAACCAAAAAACAACAAAAUGGGCGUCGUAAUAAUCGAUGGAUCAACAGUAAGAUCAUUCGUAGAAGACGAACCCCAAUUCAACAAAAGCAUCAACGAAUCAUUCGCAUCACUUGAUCUUAACCAUGACGGAACCCUCUCUCGAUCCGAACUCCGCAAGGCCUUUGAAUCCAUGCGACUUAUCGAGACCCAUUUCGGGGUUGACGUGGGUGGGCCAACUCCGACUCAAUUGACUGCCCUUUAUGACUCAAUCUUUGAUGGGUUUGACAUUGAUCAUAAUGGGACUGUUGAUCUUGAAGAGUUUCGAUGCGACAUGAAGAAGAUUAUGCUUGCGAUUGCUGAUGGGUUGGGUGAAUGCCCUAUUCAGAUGAUUCUUGAAGAUGGGACUGAGAAUUUGCUUCAGAAAGCUGCUGAUCUUGAGGUUUCUAAGCUUGAGGAAGCUCAAAAAUCAAACUAAUGGCGAGAAUUAUGGAAUAAUGAAGGUUUCUGGGUUGCAUGUAAGGUGUUUGUGUUAAUGCCUUAAUGAAUUUGAUUUAUGCUUCUUGGAAUAUGUGUUAAUAAUAUGGCAUCUAAUUUCGUUAUGUACAGUACACUUAUGUCUGUUUAAAAAUACCAUUUAAAAAAAAUGUUUGUUUAAAAAUAUAAGGUCUUUCUAGUGUUCAUGUUUGAAUCUAUCAGAUAAAAUGCGUUAUGAACGCUGGAAUCCGGAAUCCCUCAUUCCCUAGAGUGUAUAUUACUAUACAAUAUAAAUUUGGUUUCUGUUUUUGGUUUCCAUCCA